UUUCGUCUUCUCCAAUUUCUACUUCAAUCUUCUCAAUUGGUCUUUAGAAUUAAACCAGGUUUCGCUUUCUCGCAAUUACUUUGCCCUUUUCGCAGCGACUUCAAAUUGAAACUAUGGUGUCCGGUUUAAUAAAUGCAAACCCUAUUGUGUACGAGAAGAAAGAGCGGCAGGUUCGUAAAGUAACAUCUGUGCCUGAUGAAUAUGCUGUUGAGCCUAUUGACCAAGAAGAAAUUUUUGAUCAUAUUAGAGAUAUAAAGGAUCCUGAACAUCCAUACUCUCUAGAGGAGCUUAAAGUAAUAACUGAAGAUGCUAUCGAAGUAGACGACGAGCGAAGUUACGUUAGAGUGACAUUCACUCCCACCGUUGAACAUUGUAGUAUGGCUACGGUUAUUGGUCUUUGUUUGAGAGUUAAACUUAUGAGGAGUCUUCCUUCUCGCUACAAGAUGGAUAUAAGGGUUGCACCUGGAACUCAUGCAACUGAAGCUGCAGUUAAUAAACAACUGAAUGAUAAAGAACGAGUUGCAGCAGCACUGGAAAACCCAAACCUUUUGGAUAUGGUUGAUGAAUGUCUGGCUCCAUCCUAUGCUUGAUUGUAUUAUCGUUUCUACAUACGGUGAGGGAAGUUGUUUUUCUUAUUUAUAUGAAGUGUAC